CGCUCUCUUGCUCUCAUAUAAAGUCACCCCCAAUUCCUGAGGAUCCAGAAGUGCUGCUCUCCGGUGCUUGUGUGUCACAGUCAGACUCUGAGAGUCGGCCUGAAGCAAUCAUCUAGGGGGCUAAAUGUGACAAACCAAGAAGAUGGCCAAGAUCAACACCCAAUACUCCCACCCCUCCAGGACCCACCUCAGGGUAAAGACCUCAGACCGAGAUCUCAAUCGCGCUGAAAAUGGCCUCAGCAGAACCCACUUGCCAAGCGAGGAGACAUCGUCAGCGCUGCAGCCGAGGAUCGCCAUAGAGACCAGAGGACUGGCUGACUCCAGGCAGGGCUCCUUAACCGGCCAAGGGCUUGCCAGGCUGUCGCGCCUCAUCUUCUUGCUGCGCAGGUGGGCUGCCAGGGAUGUGCACUACCAGGACCAGGGACCGGACUCUUUUCCUGAUCGUUUCCAUGGAGCUGAGCUUAAGGAGGUGUCCAGCCAAGAAAGCAAUGCUCAGGCAAAUGUGGGCAGCCAGGAGCCAGCAGACAGAGGGAGAAGCGGCUGGCCCCUGGCCAAAUGCAACAUUAACACCAGCAACAACACGGAGGAGGAGAAGAAGACGAAGAAGAAGGAGGCGAUCGUGGUAGACCCGUCCAGCAACCUGUACUACCGCUGGCUGACCGCCAUCGCCCUGCCCGUCUUCUAUAACUGGUGUCUGCUUAUUUGCAGGGCCUGUUUCGAUGAGCUGCAGUCUGAGUACCUGAUGCUAUGGCUGGUCCUUGACUACUCGGCAGAUGUCCUGUAUGUCUUGGAUGUGCUCGUGCGAGCUCGGACAGGUUUUCUCGAGCAAGGCUUAAUGGUCAGUGAUACCAACAGGCUGUGGCAGCAUUACAAGACAACCACGCAGUUCAAGCUGGAUGUGUUGUCCCUGGUCCCCACCGACCUGGCUUACUUAAAGGUGGGCAUAAACUACCCAGAAGUGAGGUUCAACCGCCUACUGAAGUUUUCCCGGCUCUUUGAAUUCUUUGACCGCACAGAGACAAGGACCAACUACCCCAAUAUGUUCAGGAUUGGGAACUUGGUCUUGUACAUUCUCAUCAUCAUCCACUGGAAUGCCUGCAUCUACUUUGCCAUUUCCAAGUUCAUUGGUUUUGGGACAGACUCCUGGGUCUACCCAAACAUCUCAAUCCCAGAGCAUGGGCGCCUCUCCAGGAAGUACAUUUACAGUCUCUACUGGUCCACCUUGACCCUUACCACCAUCGGUGAGACCCCACCCCCUGUGAAAGAUGAGGAGUAUCUCUUUGUGGUCAUAGACUUCUUGGUGGGCGUUCUGAUUUUUGCCACCAUUGUGGGCAAUGUGGGUUCCAUGAUCUCGAAUAUGAACGCCUCGCGGGCAGAGUUCCAGGCCAAGAUUGACUCCAUCAAGCAGUACAUGCAGUUCCGCAAGGUCACCAAGGACUUGGAGACGCGGGUUAUCCGGUGGUUUGACUACCUGUGGGCCAACAAGAAGACGGUGGAUGAGAAGGAGGUGCUCAAGAGCCUCCCAGAUAAGCUGAAGGCUGAGAUCGCCAUCAACGUGCACCUGGACACACUGAAGAAGGUUCGCAUCUUCCAGGACUGUGAGGCAGGGCUGCUGGUGGAGCUGGUGCUGAAGCUGCGACCCACUGUGUUCAGCCCUGGGGAUUAUAUCUGCAAGAAGGGGGACAUUGGGAAGGAGAUGUACAUCAUCAACGAGGGCAAGCUGGCCGUGGUGGCUGAUGAUGGGGUCACCCAGUUCGUGGUCCUCAGCGAUGGCAGCUACUUCGGGGAGAUCAGCAUUCUGAACAUCAAGGGGAGCAAGUCGGGGAACCGCAGGACGGCCAACAUCCGCAGCAUUGGCUACUCAGACCUGUUCUGCCUCUCAAAGGAUGAUCUCAUGGAGGCCCUCACCGAGUACCCCGAAGCCAAGAAGGCCCUGGAGGAGAAAGGACGGCAGAUCCUGAUGAAAGACAACCUGAUCGAUGAGGAGCUGGCCAGGGCAGGGGCAGACCCCAAGGACCUUGAGGAGAAGGUGGAGCAGCUGGGAUCCUCCCUGGACACCCUGCAGACCAGGUUUGCACGCCUCCUGGCUGAGUACAACGCCACCCAGAUGAAGAUGAAGCAGCGUCUCAGCCAACUGGAGAGCCAGGUGAAGGGUGGUGGGGACAAGCCUCUGGCUGAUGGGGAAGUUCCCGGGGAUGCUACAAAAACAGAGGACAAACAACAGUGAAAAUGCAGCAUCUGUCUCCUGCUUCACUGGGUCGAUUGUCAGGGUGACACUAUGUGGCCGCAGCUGUGUGGCAUGGAACUUGGUCAGGGUUUAAUUCCAGCUCUACUCACCCUUUGAAAGCUUUGUGACUGCCUGAGAGAGCCUGUUUCUUCACCUAGAAAAUGGGACUUUUUGUCUCAGUCCCAGUGAAGUGCCAGGUUUGAUUGUGAAGUCCGCAUGAAACAUUGCACCAGGCAGGGCUUUGCAAAGUGCAAGGUACCCCAGUCCAAGUAUAUGAAAACGUGCACACAGGACUCUCAUUACUUUUUAAUGGAAUCCACAAGGCGUUUUAAGGCUUUUUAAUCUAAUUUUCUUAUAAAUGAAAGAUUAUUUAGUCACCUUUCUCCUCUCCAACUUCACUCCACCACCACCUGAUAAUGAGUAUAUAACAGGAAGCUGAAGUUACAACAUAGUGACUAAAAUUCAGACUUACGCACGACAGUUUGAGGCAUAUUUCUGUUUCUGGUAUCACCUUGUGUGUUCUUUGGGGCCCUAGAAACCCUGGCCUUUGGGAGUGCUAUGGCAAGUAGAAGUUCUGUAGGAUGAGGCCAGGCGCGGUGGCUCACGCCUGUAAUCCCAGCACUUUGGGAGGCCAAAGCGGGCAGAUCACGAGGUCAGGAGAUUGAGACCAUCCUGACUAACACGGUGAAACCCCGUCUCUACUAAAAAUACAAAAAAAUUAGCCGGGCGGGGUGGCGGGCACCGUAGUCCCAGCUGCCAGGGAGGCUGAGGCAGGAGAAUGGCAUGAACCUGGGAGGCAGAGCUUGCAGUGAGCCAAGAUCGCACCACUGCACUCCAGCCUGGGUGACAGAGCAAGACUCCGACUCAAAAAAAAAAAAAAAAGUUUUGUAGGAUGGAAAGAGGCUGCCCCAUUUGAGGUCACUUAAAAUCUGUGAAGCAAAUCCAGACUCCUUGCUGUUCAGCCACUGUGAAACCAGAAUCUGCUUCACAGAAAAAAGCAUCUCAGUUAGGAGAAGAGACAUCCCCUCCUUCUCACUUGCCAAAGAGAUUCAAAGACAGCCCCUAUCCUCCAUUCUUGAGUCAGGGCCCUAGGUGACCUAUUCUAACUCAAGGAGGAGAGCUAUGUACAGGGAGAGCAUUUUAGAUUGAAGGCUGGAAUGGUGUCCUAAACCAAAAAAGCUGACAACUAAGAGUUUUAGAAGAUUAGACCAUUAGGAACAUAUCUUUGCAAA